AUGAGAGUUGAAGCCACGCCUGUCCCGGUGCCGUUAAGGGUAGAAAGCCUGGCGGGCAGUGGCAUCGUGACAAUUCCAGCUGAGUAUAUCCGGCCAGAGGAGGAGCGCGCCACUCUUGGCGACGCACUAGACGCCGCCAAAAAUCUGGACGCUGGGCCGCAGAUUCCGACGGUGGAUCUCGCCGGCUUCCUGUCUGGUGAUGAAGAGACGAGGCGCAGGUGCGUGGAGGCCGUCCAGGAAGCGGCGUCGAACUGGGGAGUGAUGCAUAUUGUCAACCACGGCAUCCCGCUAGAGCUGAUCAAGCGCAUGCAGGAGGCCGGGGAGAAAUUCUUCUCGCUGCCCAUGGAGGAGAAGGAGCGUUACGCCAAUGACCAGUCGUCGGGGAACAUCCAGGGCUAUGGUAGCAAGCUGGCCAACAAUGCCAGCGGCCAGCUCGAGUGGCAGGACUACUUCUUCCACCUCGUCUACCCAGAGGACAAGGCCAACUACUCCAUCUGGCCCAAGGAACCUGCCAACUACAUGUAAGCAUCAGUCCAGCCUCCUCAUCUCCCGGUCUCCACCUCAAUGAGCAUGUGCCUGUGUGUGUGUGUGUGUGUGUGUCUCUCUCUCUCUCUCUCUCUCUCUCACCUGCUCUCUAUUUCUCACUCAUACGCACACAGGCGUAAACAUACGGCCCAAGUUUACUCCAGCUCUCUGAUUCUGACCUAUUUAUUUUGACGUCUGCAGUGAGGAAACGCAAGAGUUCGCACGGCAGCUUCGGGCGGUUGCAAGCAAUAUGUUGGCUAUGCUGUCUAUGGGGCUCAAGCUGGACGAAGGAAAGCUGGAGGAGGAAGUUGGUGGUCUUAGUGAUCUUCUACUGCAGAUGAAGAUCAACUAUUACCCACGGUGCCCACAGCCGGACCUGGCCGUGGGCGUGGAGGCCCACACAGACAUCAGUGCCCUCAGCUUCAUCUUGCACAACAUGGUUCCCGGGCUGCAGGUCUACUACGAGGGCGAGUGGGUGACGGCCCGAUGCGUCCCCGAGUCCAUCAUUAUGCACGUCGGGGACGUCAUCGAGAUCCUCAGCAACGGGAAGUACAAGAGCAUCUUGCAUCGUGGCCUUGUAAACAAGGAGAAGAUUCGCAUUUCCUGGGCCGUCUUCUGCGAGCCACCACGCGAGAAGAUUGUCCUGAAGCCCCUACCCGAGCUCGUCGGGGAGGGCUCCCCGGCCAAGUUCCCGCCUCGCACCUUUGCCCAGCACAUUGAGCACAAACUCUUCCGGAAGGCCCGUGGCGAUUUCUCCACCUCCAACUAG